AUGAAGUGUUCAGAUCAUAGCCCGCCUAUCCAUUUCCCGUUUCGCUUGAAAGAUAGACAACCAGAUCAUUGUGGGUAUCCCGGGUUUGUUGUAUCAUGCAAUGACAGACAUGAGACUGUUCUUGAUCUUCCUAUUCCAGUCAAAUUCUUUGUCCCAAGCAUAGAUUAUAAGUCUCAGGAAAUAGAAGUAUUACCAUAUAUAUAUGACUCGGAUUAUUGCCUUUUACACAUUAUAAACAUUUCAGUCUCUCCAUUCCACUUGGAAUACACAGAGAACUAUACCUUAUUCAAUUGUUCUUCGGUUGGCAUGGCAAGUCGAAAUGAUUAUGGGGUUGUCCCCUGCCUUAGCAGCUCCGACCACCAAAUUUAUGCAGUUCUUUCUUCAGAAAACAUUCAGGCCCUGCAGUCGUGUACUAAGAUGUAUAAUGUUUUAUCAGUUCCGAGCAUUAUGUCUUGGUCUCAACCAAAUUGUACAAAAUGCGAAGCAGCGGGAAAAAUGUGUAGAUUGAAGAACAAUAACACUAAAAGUGAAGUUGAAUGUAUUGACUUGAGGAAAGGUUCAACCCUAGGUUCAUUGGUUUUCUUACUACUUGUCGCUGCAGCUUAUAAAAUCUACAGUUAUGAUAGAAACGAAAGAGAAAAUCGAUUGAAAAUUGAAAGGUUCCUAGAAGAUUACGUUGCUCUCAAGCCAAGCAGAUACUCUUAUGCAGAUAUCAAGAGGAUUACACAUCAAUUCAAGGAGAAUUUGGGCCAAGGAGCCUACGGAACUGUUUUUAAAGGAAAGCUUUCUUCAGAAUGCUUUGUUGCUGUCAAAGUUCUCAAUAGUUCCGCAGGAAAUGGGGAAGAAUUCAUUAACGAAGUAGGAACAAUGGGUCACAUCCACCACGUCAACGUGGUUCGCAUGGUUGGCUUUUGUGCUGAUGGAUUUAGACGAGCUCUUGUCUAUGAGUUCUUACCCAAUGGUUCACUACAUGAUUACAUUUCAUCAGAAGACAAUAGAAAUAGCUUCCUUGGUUGGGAUAAGUUGCAUGGUAUUGCUCUAGGUAUAGCAAAAGGUAUUGAAUACCUUCACCAAGGAUGCGACCAACGAAUCAUGCAUUUUGAUAUCAAACCCCAAAAUGUUUUGCUAGACCACAAUUUCACACCAAAGCUUUCUGACUUUGGUUUGGCCAAGCUGUGCUCCAAGGAUCAGAGUAUAGUGUCUAUGACCACAGCUAGGGGGACAAUGGGAUACAUUGCACCUGAAGUGUUCUCUAGGAACUUUGGCAAUGUAUCUUAUAAGUCAGAUGUCUAUAGUUUUGGAAUGCUACUACUUGAGAUGGUAGGAGGGAGAAGCAGUAUUGGUGCAACCACAAUGAACGCCAACGAAGUUUACUACCUUGAAGCGAUAUAUAAUCUUGUAGAACGUGGAGAAGGCCUAACAAUCCAUAUGGUAGAAGAAGGAGAUGCUAAAAUUCAAAGAAAACUUGCAAUUAUAGGGCUCUGGUGCAUCCAGUGGCACCCAGUGGAUCGUCCUCCCAUGAAAGUCGUGGUUCAAAUGUUGGAUGGAGAAGAAAACUUGACCAUUCCUCCAAAUCCUUUUGGUUCUACAAGUGUUCCUGCAAGAACUUUAAACCGACAGUUGGAAACAAUUGUCGAGUUAGCAUAA